GAGCUUGGCGUUGAGUGCACGUUCGCCACAAGCGAGUAUGACUUAACCCCGAUGGCCGAGACCGCUCGGCUCCGCGGCGAUUGCGGGUCGUCAUUCUCAAAUAAUCAAAGACACCUCCAUCUCCUCCGCCCUCCAACAACCUCGCAACCACAACUCCGCCCAUUGCUUUUCAUCAACACACGCACUACACACUUGCACAACCACCUUCACCGCACUCUUACUCACCUCUGCACCUCCAUCCACCAUGUUCAGACGCGCCGUCGCCGUCGCUCCGGUCCAGGCCGGCAAGCUCCUCACCUCUGCCGCCAGGCCUCAGAUCGCAUCGCCGCUGAGGGCAGCAGCACCCGCCGUCCUCAACGCCACCAGCAGGAGGAGCUACCACGAAAAAGUGCUCGACCACUACAACAAGCCGCGCAAUGUCGGCUCCAUGGCCAAGGGCGACAAUGACGUCGGUACCGGCCUCGUUGGCGCACCUGCCUGCGGCGACGUCAUGAAGCUGCAGAUUCGCGUUGACCCCGACAACAACACCAUCUCGGACGUCAAGUUCAAGACGUUCGGCUGUGGCUCUGCCAUCGCCAGCUCCAGCUACCUGACCGAGCUGGUGCGCGGCAUGACGCUCGAGCAGGCCGCCCGUAUCAAGAACACCGAGAUCGCUAAGGAGCUCUGCCUGCCCCCCGUCAAGCUCCACUGCUCCAUGCUCGCCGAGGACGCCAUCAAGUCCGCCAUCACCAACUACUACACCAAGAACCCCAAGGCCCGCAAGACGGACCUUGGCGGCACUGGCGCAGCGAUCCCCAAGGUCGAGGUCGAGACCAUCACCGAGGGCGCCGCUACCGCUUAAGCAACCAAAAAAGUUCUUUUCUUUCUUGUUGGUGUAUGAUGAGUUCUUAACGAAUCCGCGUUCGCCGAGUCUUUUGGGCAUCGAGAGAACGAGGGCUUGAUGUUAGUGGCGGGGUUCUUUCGCUCUAGCUGUUUCUUCCAGCAGACCAUGGGACCGCGCUCUUUUUUUCCAAAUAUCCCUGUAACGGUACAUAGCA